AUAAAAAAACUCCACUGACGAAGCAAUGGCCGGCAGCAAGGUACUCGACGUCGUGCACAAGGCUGUGGUCACGGGCCUCCUCGGCGCGACGGCCUUUGGCCUCUACGACAUCACGCGCGGCUUCAACGUCAUGUACACGCGCAACGUCGUGCGGCAGAAGGAAUGGGAGGCGCAGCAGGCGCUCGCCCAGGCCCAGAACCAGCCCGCCGCCAACUAAGCCGCGAGAACCGACCGUGUGAAACUACUACUACUAAACGAUUGUUAUUCAUGAAUUAUCUACGUGCCUCC